CCUGUACUCUAGAGGGUGGGAACGGCAUCUGGCUCUGAAACAGCUGCUACUGCCUCUGUUACUCCUGGCGACCAGCAUUCAAGAUCAUUCAGUAGAUGGGGUGAUGAUCACAGUCUCCGGCAGCAACGUGAGUCUGCAGAUCUCUGAGAGCCUUCCUGAUAACUACAAGCAACUAACCUGGUUUUACGGUCCCGACCAGAAGAUCGUAGAGCAGGAGUUUGGCAGACCACCUAUGUACUUUGAUACUUCAUUUAAAGGCAGGGUCAUGCUUCAUUCUCCAAGUGGUGUGCUGUGCAUCUUUACAGUCCGGAAAGAGGACAGCAGCACCUACCUCUUGAAGGUGUUGAAGAAAACUAAGAAUGAGAAAGUUUGGAAGGUGCCACUGGAGGUGCUUGACCCUGUACCCAAGCCUCAAAUAAAAAUUGAGAAGACAGAGGAGAUAGAGAACAACUGUUAUCUGAAACUAUCAUGUAAGGUACUGGACCAGUCUGUAAACUACACGUGGUAUGGGGACUCAGGGCCCUUUCCAAAGGGGCUCCAGAACAGUGUGCUUGAAAUCACCUCUACAAAACAAAACUACUCCAAGUUUUACACCUGCCAAGCCAGCAAUCCUGUGAGCAGCAAGAAUGACACACUCUACUUCACUCCACCCUGUACUCUGGCCAGAUCCUCUGGAGUAGCUUGGAUUACAACUUGGCUAGAGGUCAUGGUACCCACCGUUCUUGGCAUCCUACUCAUUUGA